GGGUCAGCAAGGCCUGCGGCUCAACUCGGCACCGGUCACCAGGUCUCUGGGUCCGCGGUGCGGAGUCUUCCGCGAAAGUGUGUGUUCCCACGUCCUAGGCGCGGCCGCGGCGGGCCCGUCUCCUAGAAAUCCUGGAGGUCCAGGUGAUGAUCAGAUGGGCAGCAUGGACGACUGGCACAGGACCUUUGCCCAGAGCACACUUGUCCCUCCUCACCCCCAGAGGGCACGGCAGCUUUCAAAGGAGUCUGAGGCAUUUCAGUGUGUGCUGAAGUGGCUUGAGGGACCGCUAAUGAAGCAGGGAGUGCUGGAGGUGUUGUCGGAGGUCGAAUGCCAUCUACGAGUGUCUCUCUUUGAUGUCACUUAUCGACACUUCUUUGGGAGGACAUGGAAAACCACAGUGAAGCCAACUAAGCAGCUCUCAAGGCAGCCACCCAGGAUCAUCUUCAAUGAGCCCUUUUACUUUCAUACGUCCUUAAACCACCCGAAUAUCGUGACUGUGGUAGAAGUGGUUGCUGAAGGCAGGAAGCGGGAUGGGACCCUCCAGACAUUGUCCUGUGGGUUUGGAAUUCUUCGGAUCUUCGGCAACAAGCCAGAAUCACCUACCUCUGCUUCCCAGGACAAACGGUUGAGGCUGUAUCAUGGCACCCCCAGAGCCCUCCUGCACCCACUUCUCCAGGAUCCUGUAGAACAAAGCAAGCACCUGACCCUGGUGGAGAGCUGCAGCCUGCAGUACACCUUGAAACCACACCCAGCCUUGGAACCUGCCUUCCACCUUCUCCCUGAGAACCUCCUGGUGUCUGGUCUGCAGCACAUCCCUGGCCUCCUUUCAGCUCAUGGGGAAACAGGUGAUGCCCUGCGGAAGCCUCGCUUGCAGAAGCCCACCACAGGGCACUUGGACUCCAUCUUCUUCACCCUGUUCCCCUCCCUGGAGAAGUUUGAGGAGGAGCUGUUGGAGCUGCUCUCCGGUGACCACUUCCGGGAGGGGGGCCCACUGGGUGGCGGUACCCUGGAGGUCUUGGAGCGGCGGCUGCACGUGGGUGUGCAUAACGGCUUGGGCUUUGUGCAGAGGCCACAGGUGGUUGUGCUGGUACCUGAGAUGGAUGUGGCCUUGACACGUUCAGCCAGCAUCAGCAAGAAAGUCGCCUCCUCCUCAAAAAGCAGCUCUGGAAACCAGGCUCUAGUUUUGAGAAGCCGCCUGCGACUCCCUGAGAUGGUUAGUCACCCUGCGUUUGCAAUCAUCUUCCAGCUGGAGUACGUGUUCAGUAGCCCUUCAGGAGUGGACAGCAACGCAGCUUCGGCCACCUCUUUUUCCAACUUGGCAUGCAUGCACAUGGUUCGCUGGGCUGUUUGGAACCCUGUCCUAGAAGCCGGCUCUGGCAGGGCGACCUUGCCUCUGCAGGGUGGGAUCUGGCCCAACCCAUCUCACUGCCUAGUCUACCAAGCACCUUUAGCCAGCCUGAGCUCUGAAGAGGUGAAGCAGGUGGAGUCAGGAACCAUCCACUUCCAGUUCUCGCUGAGCAUGGAAGCGCGCCUGGACACCCCCGCAGAGCAUACCAACGGCCCCAAGGCAGAGUGGCAGCCCUCCAGAAAGCCACCCACGUCCGCCUCAGGUCCGCCGUCACCGGCACCCCAGGCUCUUGCUGCCUCCCAGGACUCGCCCAUGGGACCGGGGUUGUCGCUUUCCCAGCUGGCAGCCUCCUCACAGUCUCCAGCUCUGCGUUGCUCUGCCAAACCUCCUCUGCAGCCCCUCGACAGCCCCCAGGCAGUAACCCUUACCUUUGUUCAGCUGGAGUUGCCAUUGGAGGGAAGGAUCUCUCACCUGGAAGUUGACCUGAGCCAGACUUCCUCAGUCUUGGAAACACCCACUGCAGAACACUUACAGGAGCUGCCCUUCACUCCUUUGCACGCCCCUAUUGUUGUGCGAGCCCAGGCCAGGAGCUCUGGAAGCCAGCUCUCGAGAGCUGCCAUGGUUCUUCUGCAGUCCUCUGGCUUUCCUGAGAUUCUUGACGCCAACAAGCAACCAGCAGAAGCUGUCAGUCCUGCAGAUCCUGUGAGGUUUAGCCCUCAAAAGGAAGAAUCUGAUUGUCUACAAAGCAAUGAGAUAGUGCUGCAGUUUCUUGCCUUCAGCAGAGCGGCCCAGGACUACCAAGGAGCACCGUGGCCACAGACUGUGUAUUUCACCUUCCAGUUCUACCGCUUUCCGUCUACAACGACUCCACGACUUCAGUUGGUCCAGCUACACGGGGCUGGGAAGACCAGCUCUGGGCCCCUGUCCCAUAUCCUUGUUCCCAUUAGUAAAGAUGGCUCCUUUGAUGCUGCGUCUCCUGGUUUCCAGCUGAGGUACAUGGUGGGCCCCGGUUUUCUGAAACCUGGUGAGCAGCACUGGUUCAUCAACUACCUGGCUGUACAGACCCUUCAGAUAGAUGUCUGGGAUGGAGACUCCCUGCUCCUCAUAGGAUCUGCUGCUGUCCACAUGAAGCAUCUCCUCCGCCAAGGGCGUCCUGCUGUGCAGGUCUCACAUGAGCUUGAGAUUGUGGCAACUGAGUAUGAACAGGACAUGAUGGUGGUGAGUGGAGAUGUGGCCAGGUUUGGCAGCAUCAAACCCAUCGGUGUCCACAUGGUGGUGAAGGGUCGACUGCACCUGACCUUGGCCAACGUGGGUCAUGUGGGUGAACGGAGAACGAAAGGUUCCAGCUUGCCACCUUCCAGGUCUCGGGUCAUCUCAAAUGUUGGAGCCAGCCACUUCUCUGGGGGCAGCCUCCUCACGCCAGGAAGCCCAAGACGAAAAAAUGUGGUCCAAGCACAGAAGCUGGCUGAUGUGGACAGUGAGUUGGCUGCCAUUUUGCUGACCCAUACUCGAGCUGGCCAGGGCCCCCGGCACAUGGACCAUGAGGCUGAUACUGUCCGCAGACGCAAGCUGGAGAGGAUGAGGUCUGUGCGCCUGCAGGAGUCCAGAGGGGAGCCCAGUGGCCGCAGGAUGAACAUGCUGGCCCAGCAGAGUGUCCGUGCACAGCACUCGAGGGAUCUGCAAGUCAUCAACGCCUACCGGGAGCGCACUAAAGCCGAGAGCAUUGCCAGUGUGCUGAGCCUGGCCAUCACCACACAGCGCACACUCUAUGCCGCGCCGGGCACAGCUGAGUUCUUCGAGUUUGCGCUUAAAAACCCCUACAACAUGCAGCACACAGUGACCAUCGAGAUUGACAACCCUGAGCUCAGCAUCAUCCUAGACAGUCAAGAGUGGAGGUUCUUCAAAGAUGCCGCUGGCCUGCACACGCCGCUAGAGGAAGACAUGUUCCACCUGCGUGGAAGCCUGGCCCCCCAGCUCUACUUGCGCCCCCGGGAGACUACCCACAUCCCCUUCAAGUACCAGAGCUUCUCUGCAGGCCCACCAGCUCCAACACAGGCCUCUGCCGAGCUGACUUCUGAGAAGAGCACGGACACUCGGUCACCUGGGAAGUGGAGUGCCAUGCCCACAAAACAUGCCAAGGUCCUGUUCCGAGCAAGUGGUGGCAAGCCCAUUGCUGUGCUCUGCCUGACUGUGGAGCCCCAGCCCCAUGUGGUAGACCAGGUCUUCCGCUUCUACCACCCUGAGCUCACCUUCCUGAAGAAAGCCAUCCGCCUGCCUCCCCGGCACGCGCUUCCAGGUGCUCCCAUGGGGAUGCCUGGUGAGGACCCCCCAAUCCACGUUCGAUGCAGUGACCCGAAUGUCAUUUGUGAAGCCCAAAACAUGGGCCCUGGGGAGCCACGGGACGUGUUUCUGAAGGUGGCCAGUGGUCCAAGCCCAGAGAUCAAAGACUUCUUUGUCAUCAUUUAUGCGGAUCGUUGGCUGGCGGUGCCCGUGCAGACGUGGCAGAUCUGCCUCCAUUCCCUGCAGCGUGUGGAUGUCUCCUGUGUCACAGGCCAGCUGACCCACCUGUCCCUUGUCCUUCGGGGGACACAGACAGUUAGGAAAGUGAAAGCCUUCACCUCACACCCCCAGGAGCUGAAGACAGACCCUGAUGGUAUCUUUGUGUUGCCGCCUCACGGGGUGCAGGACCUGCAUGUGGGCAUUAGGCCAUGGAGGGCUGGCAGCCGCUUUGUCCACCUCAACCUGGUUGAUGUGGACUACCACCAGCUUGUGGCCUCCUGGCUCGUGUGCCUCUCCUGCCGCCAGCCACUCAUCUCCAAGGCCUUUGAGAUCACAAUGGCAGCAGGUGAAGGGAAGGGUGCCAACAAGAGGAUCACCUACACCAACCCCUAUCCUUCCCGGAGGACCUACUGCCUACACAGUGAUCGUCCUGACUUGCUGCAGUUCAAGGAGGAUUUCUUCCAGGUGGGAGGAGGAGAGACCUACACCAUUGGUCUGCGGUUUGCACCCAGUGGGAGCCCAGGACAGGAAGAAAUUCUGAUUUACAUCAAUGACCAUGAGGACAAAAACGAAGAGACUUUUUGUGUGAAGGUCAUCUACCAGUGAACGCAUGGGGAGGGGCCAGCCAGUGCCUGUCUCCCACACACUCUCCCUGUAGACCCCUCCCGGCCUCUGGCCUCUGCUGUGUGUGACCCCAGGACCCAACCAGAUGGACUGUGGACUUGACUGAGUGUGGAGACUGAGUCCUUGGUCAUUUUGUAACACCUGUGUCCAGCUAAGCUGCUGCAAACACCAUCUGAGGCGCGAGGCUGUGUUCCCGGGCGUGGAUGUGAGCUCUGGGCUAUGAUGGCAGUGGCCUUGUCUCUGCCCGAGUACACACGAGGCCACUUUGUCCCCCUGUAGCUCGUGG